GUCUCUAAAAUAACGCUAUUGCUGGUUGUGACUCAGAGUACAGGUGCUGUGCACCAAUUCCUAUCAGCCACUUGCACCUGAAUCAUCCUUUUAUAAUUGCGUGAUAGCAUGACAGCUGCCUUUAACUGCAAGAGUGAGCCAAAUUUCUGUCUGGAUUAUGGGAUUCAGGACAGCUGUGCAGUUUCAGCUGUCAACAUUGUUCUGUUAAUUACAAGAAGGAAACCGAAAAUGCUGAUUUUCAUCUUGGUUUCAGGAUGCUGGACAGAGAUGACUCCUCUGAUACUGGAGACUGGGAAAUCCUCUUCCAUCUUUGCAGAGAAAACCCUGGAAAGAUCUGCCCCAAAACAUCAGCUAUUGAGGCCCAAACUCUUUCUGGACUCAGUGUGGCUGCAGCAGAGGAUGUGAUUUCAAAGAUGCUGGACAGAGAUGACUCCUCUGAUACUGGAGACUGGGAAAUCCUCUUCCAUCUUUGCAGAGAAAACCCUGGAAAGAUCUGCCCCAAAACAUCAGCUAUUGAGGCCCAAACUCUUUCUGGACUCAGUGUGGCUGCAGCAGAGGAUGUGAUUUCAAAGAUGCUGGACAGAGAUGACUCCUCUGAUACUGGAGACUGGGAAAUCCUCUUCCAUCUUUGCAGAGAAAACCCUGGAAAGAUCUGCCCCAAAACAUCAGCUAUUGAGGCCCAAACUCUUUCUGGACUCAGUGUGGCUGCAGCAGAGGAUGUGAUUUCAAAGAUGCUGGACAGAGAUGACUCCUCUGAUACUGGAGACUGGGAAAUCCUCUUCCAUCUUUGCAGAGAAAACCCUGGAAAGAUCUGCCCCAAAACAUCAGCUAUUGAGGCCCAAACUCUUUCUGGACUCAGUGUGGCUGCAGCAGAGGAUGUGAUUUCGAAGUAAGUAUAAAUAUGUACGUCUGUACCAAAUUUCACUGUAUUCUACCUAAAUAUCGAUUAAUAUCAUAAAUUAUCUUCUGUACCAGCAGAACAUGUUUUAUGACAUUUUUCAUGUAGGUUGUUGAUAAAUUCCUACUUCUGUUAUUUGUUUGUCACACAGCACCAACUCUUUCAUAACCUUUCCUUUAAAUACAGGCUGAUUGCAGAUUCUUUUGAGGUGAUAUUUAAAACAACCAUCCAGUGGCUCAGUGUUUUCUUGACCUCCAUUUAUGAUGGUCCUGCUACUGUCCCACCCACAUUCCUAAAUAGAUCAAGCCUUUUGUUUUGCUUUUUUGUACAUGUGACACUUACCGAGCCUGGACAACAACACACCCAGUUUAGACCUGUUUGUGGCAAAAAAAAAAAGGAGUAUGCAUGCAUCCUCCUUAUCAGUGCAUUGAUCUGUGUGAAACUACAAUGAAAAAGGUUUAAAGUGACUGCAGCAGAAUGGUGUAGCUGCACAUCUGAUCUCCAACAAUUGUUUUCUCACUCAACCCACUGCAAUACAUGGAUGACUAUUUGUGAACAUAUCUUAUUUUCAAAUUGCAUGCUUUUCAAAUGUGGGAUUGUUUAGUUUGUCUGUGUUCUGUGACACAUAAUUCUAAAGCCUGCGACUACUUCCAUCUUUCUAGCAACUAAAAAUGCUCAAGUUAGUGUUAAAGGACCGUAUAUAGGUAGAGAGAUGGGCAGUGAGAUGCUUAGUUUGCCAGACACAGAUUCACAAAACCAUUUUUCUCUACUGACAUCCUGUGGGUGAGUGUUUUUAGUUUUGCACACUAAGUAAUUGUGUCUUCUGGCCUUCAUUUAGCAGUAUUUUUACUUCUCAUUAAAAGCAGCAGAAAAAGUAAACCGUUAACCUCAUGCAGGCGACAUGCAUGUUUUUACCAGCUAACAAGGAAUGUUCCCACAACGCUGGCUAGCCUUACCUACAAGUGCUAAAACAUUUUUCAUUGAAAAUGUUUAAAUACCAGUUUCAGGUUAUUUAUCAUUUCCAACAACAUUCCAAGAAAGUUAAAAGCCAACCAAGCCCUCAAGAGGAUGUUUGGAGGGUGUAGCCAGGGUCACAGAUAAUGGUACAUGACAACAAAAGAAAAAUGUUCUCAAACCAACAUUCUACAAAUGUUUUCUAGAUGUUCUCAGAUAGCAGAACAUCUUCUCUAAUUUGCUUUGUGAUCAAUUUACAACGAUGGAACAUUUCACCUGUAUUGUUCUAAGGAUGUUUUGGGGAUGCUGCUUGAAGUUACACAUUAAAGAAUGUUCUUUUCUAAAA